GAAUACGUAUACACACACCAGACACUCUGGCGAGCGCACUUCCCUUUCGAUUUCGAGCUGGACGCUCUUCCACUCCCACACCCGCGCCCGCAAUGGCGGACCACCAUUCGCACCGCCCGACGACGAAGCAGGUCAACAAGCCCUUCAAAACUCGCCACGCCUCCAAAUCGUCGCUGAAGAACGAGCAGAAGGGAAAGGUGGAAGGGUGGGAGCAGGGCAGUCGAAAGACGCCCCAGCAGCAGAUACUGUCGAAGAUGGAUCGCCGCAAUCGAGCCAAGCAGCUGCGUCAAAAUCACGCCCACGAUCGCGAGGACAAGGCUUCCGUGUUUGCGGGGCGGGAUGCUGCACCGCGCAUCAUUGCCGUGGUACCGCUGUGCGACGAUGUGAGCGGCGAGAAAGUGGUGGGGGAGCUGAGCGCCAGCGUUGAUGGCGACGACGUGGACCUGCAGUCGUCGAGCACCUACGUGCCUCGCUUCAAGCAGAAAGUGCGCUUUCUCACUCCCAAUCGUAAUGUGCUGCAAUGUCUGGAUAGCUGUCGGGUCGCCGACUUUGUAUUGUUUGUGCUCAGUGCCAAUCAGGAGGUAGACGAGCUGGGAGAGGAACUGCUGCGAAGCAUCGAGGCUCAAGGCGUGUCCACCGUGCUGACCGGCGUCUACGGGCUGGACAGAGUAGAGCCGGCCAAGAAGAGGCCGGACGUGGUCAAGAGUCUCAAGAGCUUCAUCACACACUUCUUCAACACACAGGAAAAAGUCCACGAUCUGGGGAACAGGCAGGAAUGCAGCAAUGUGAUGCGUAGCUUGUGCACGACCAUGCCCAAGGGCAUUCGAUGGCGUGAAGAUAGAAGCUGGAUGCUGCUGGAAGACUGCAGAUGGGAAGGUGAACAUGCUGUAGUCACCGGUGUCGUACGAGGAAGAGGUCUGAAAGCUGAGCGGUUGGUGCAGGUUGGCGAUUGGGGCGACUUCCAGAUUGAGAAAGUGGUGGCAGCACCGCUCGAAACGAGGCACAAAAAGAACAAAAAGGAUGAGAUGGCAAUAGACGAAGCCCAAGGAGAGCAGAUCUUAGACCAGGCCAACGAGGAGCAGGAUGAUCUUGCAGAACUCGCACCAGAGGAGGCCACGAUGGACGAUGUACCAAAUGCAUCGAUAGCGCCCUCUGAACGCAAGGCCGUGCUGCUCGACGAUCACCACUACUUCAAUGACGACGACCGAGAUGACAUACCUGCACCAAAACGCCUGCCCCGAGGUACCAGCAAAUACCAGGCCGCGUGGUAUCUGGACGAUGUGGACUACUCGGGCUCGGACCUGGAGGAUGGGGACGACGACGAUGAUGAUGAGAACAUGAACAUGAACAUGAAUGGCUCCGUUGCGGCAGGUCCCGCAGAUGGCCACUUUGAAGAUCGUAUGGAUGCCGAAACAGAAGCUGGUGCACCGUCAGAGUACCCGCAGAGCGAAAUGUUCGAUGAUCGAGCACCCGAGGACGAGGCAGAGCAAAUCGAAGCAUAUCGAAAGUCCCGCCGUGAUGAUGCGGAGGAUGAUCUGGAGUUUCCAGAUGAAAUCGAGCUUCAUCCUGGCGUUAAUGCCCGUGAACGAUUAGCCAAGUACAGAGGACUGAAGAGUCUCCGCACCAGUGCUUGGGAAACAGAAGAGGACAAGCCGUAUCAGCCAGAGGACUAUCCCCGCCUGCUCGAGAUUGCAGACUACAAAUCAGCCAAGAAUCGCGUCGUCAAAGAAGCCAUCACAGGUGGUGUCAAGCCCGGGACUCGCGUCCAUGUGUACUUGCGUAUCCCGCACGACCGUACCGUAGAGCUGCAAACAUUGCCCCAGCCAACAGCAGUCUUCUCCCUCCUCCGACACGAACACAAACGCACCGUGGUCAACGUCUCCAUCACCCUCCCAUCCGACUACCCCGAGCCCAUCAAGAGCAAAACCCCCAUGAUCAUUCAAUGCGGUUUCCGCCGUCUCCUCCUCAACCCUCUCUUCAGCGCAGCAGGAAACACGCCCAACAACGUCCACAAAUUCGACCGAUUUCUCCAUCCCGGCCGCACCGCAGUUGCCACGUUCGUCGGACCCGUGACAUGGGGAAGCAUCCCCUGCCUCUUCUUCCGAGCUCCCACAGCAGCAGCAGAAGACGCCAUCGAAGACCUCGCUCAAUCCCUCCGCCAAAUCUCCGCAUCUUCCCAGCAAAAACAACAACACACCCAACUCGAAAUGCUCGCCACAGGAACCACCCUUCCCCCCUCAACCCAACGCAUCAUCGCCAAACGCAUCAUUCUCACAGGCCACCCCUACAAAAUCCACAAGCGCGUCGUCACCGUCCGCUACAUGUUUUUCCACCACGACGACGUGGCUUAUUUCCGCGCUUUGCAGCUGUGGACGAAACGCGGCCGAAGCGGAUUCAUCAAAGAUACGUUGGGCACGCAUGGUUAUUUCAAGGCGACGUUUGAUGCCAAGAUUAAUCCUUUGGAUUCCGUUGCGGUGAGUUUGUAUAAGAGGGUUUGGCCGAGACAGGCGGUUGUUUGGAGGGAGGGGCUUGCUGUUGAGGAUGGGGAUGGAGAUGAGGAUGAGGCGCCGAAGUUGAUGGAGGUGGAGUAGGAAGUGGUAGGAAGGAAGUACCUUGGUAAGGUAGUUAGGAUUUGAAGAAGAAAAUUGGGAUUCUCGCGGUUUAUAACGAACGAAAGAACGAAUGGAUGGAUGGAUGGAUGGAUGGAUGGACUAAAAAUCAAUCAUGCGUCAAAUCUUGACCAAAGAAAAAAGAAAAGAACG